AAAGUUUAUUAAAAAGCUUUAGAUCUGGAACAAAAGGAAAGUACACUUGGAAGAUGGCCAAGCAGGUAACUUUAGAGAUCAAGUGCACGGUUUGACCUUUGACUUAGGGUUUUAUACAUUGGCAUACUUCUGGAGUCUUGCAUCCCUUGUGCCCUGAUUCUUCCCUUGGGGUAGGCUGUCUGCAUGCGCAGUGACUUGCCAGCGCUUGGAAAGUGAGCAGGGGCAGUGUGUUUAUUGGAAGUGUACACAUGCUCACUUGAGGCAAUCUUCCCUUACCAGCCCCAUGUUCCUAGAAGGUCAUAUACCAGUCAAACGUUGCCAUUUUGCCUCUCGAUGUGUGGCAAAGAGACCUUACCAGGAAGCUGCUGAUCACCACUUUCAGGUUUUUUCUAUCUACUGGGAGACUGCCUUUCCCUGGCGCUGACUGCAACCAAUUAUUAUUUUAGAGAAACAGUGUAACAACUUCCUGACCAUCACCUGAUGGUCACAUAACAUUUCUGGUGGUGUGGGUUGUGGGGGAAGAGUCCUCUCCUGCCCUGCUCAGGCCAACUAGCUACCUACUGUAAGACAACCAGAGUUUCCCAAUCAGUACAAACCUGGAGAAAAGGUCACAGGCAAAGAGACACAACCUCUCAGACCUCAGGGCAGUCCAGGGGCCACCAGGGCCCCUCUGGAGCUCUGCUCCUUCCUGUGAAGGCUUUCUCCCCCACCCCCCAGGGUUCCUUACCAAUAGCAUUUGUUAUUGGGUCUAAGAUGCUGUGGCUCAUAACAUGCAACUUUGUUUUAGGUACCACUAAGGGUAAAAACACUACCAAUUAAAUGAUACCACAAUGUGUUCUUUCAACUUAAAAUUUUCAUUUUAUACUUCCAAGAAAUAGUUCUUUAGGCUUAAGACAUAAGACAUAAGUUUUUAACUAUAUAGCACUUUUGCACAUACAUAAAAAGGAAAUUACUCAUGAAAUUAAUCAGUUAGGUAUCCUUAAACCUUUAAGAACGUGAGUGAUGUGCUAUCUCUUUAAAGAGUAACCCAGUAUUAAUUUCAGGAUUCUCUUCUAAACUGCUGGCACCCACUUGGAAGUUUGGAUGUGAAUGCAAGACAAUGGCAAGCAUAUCAUGACUGCAGCCUGGCCAACAAUUAUCCUAUUACCGGUGUUGAAAUGUGUGUAUGGAGUGGGGAAUGCAAGACCAAUGUAUGCUAUGUGCAUCUCCAUGUGUGCCCUGAUGCACAGAGUUGCGCAGCACUGAGUUAGACAACAAAGAGAGAAGCCAAGGUGGCGGUGGUGAGUCUGGAGUUCAGUGGAGGGGCAGAAAGAGAGAAAUUAGGUUGCAGAUGUGGCACCCAUAAGCGUCUGCAGGUGGUGGUGGUGGUGAGUCUGGAGUUCAGGGGAGGGGCAGAAAUAGAGAAAUGAGGUUGCAGAUUUGGCACCUGUAAGCAUCUGCAUGAUAGCCGUCCACACGGGGCUGCAUGUGACUAUCUAUGGGAAGUCUGGAUAGAGAAGAAGGCCAAUGCUGAGCCUUAGGAUACUCAAAUGUUUAUAAAUCUAGAAGGCGAACCGCCAAGCUGACAGAGUGAGCAGCCAGGGUGGCCAGAGAACUGGAGGGUAAGGCAGUGAUGUGGCACCUCCGGAGCAAAGGAGGAGGGGGACGGCCAGCUGCAUCAAGUGCUGCUAAGAGCUCAAAUAGAAUGAAAGUAGAAAAUGACCAUUGGAUCUGGCAGCACAUAGGUUAUAAGUGACUUCCACAAAAGGACCUCCCAUGGUUGAGGGCAGUGCAGCAGAACUUGAUGAAAACCAGACAAACUGGACUGGAGGGAGUGACAAGAGAUGAGGAGCUCAGCCUCCCUGAACAGUUUUGUUGUCAAAGGGAAAAGUACAGCCAAGAGAGGGGUGGUGUUUCCUUCGCUAAAGAGAUUAGGCCUGUCUGAAUGCGAAUCCAGCAAGGCAUUGCGCAAGUUAACAGCAGUUGCAAAGCACUGGGGCAGGCGGGAAGAACACGAUCCAAGGCACGAGAGCCAGGGGUCAGCCACGGCAACAGGAAGAUGAUGGUGAAAACCAAAAGUUUCUGAGAGUGGUCUCAAUUUAGGAAGUUUAUCUUGCCAAGGUUAAGGACGUGCAUUGACACAACCUCAGGAGGUUCUGAUGACAUGUGCCCAGGGUGGCCAGGAAACAUCUUGGUUUUAUACAUUUGAGGGAGACAUGAGACAUCAAUCAAUACGUAAGAUGUAGGUUGGCUCUUUAGGAGGUAAAAUGUGAAGUGAAGGCGUCCGGGUCAUAGGUACAUUUAAAGGUUUUCUGAUUGGCAACUGGUUGAGAGUUAUCAUCUAAAGACCUGGACUCAGUAGAAGGGAAUGUCCGGGUUGCAUGAAGGAGUUGUGGAGGCCAAGGUGUUAUCAUGCAGAUGAAGCCGGGAAUACACUGCAAAUGUUUCUUAUCAGAGUCCUCUAUUAGUCUUAGGGUCUCCUUGCGGAUGUUUGUGAGGCCAUGUUUGACUUCCGCUUCCCAUCAAGGCCUGAACUAGUUUUUCAAGAUAACUUAGAAGGCCACAGGCGGAGGGGAGGGUCCAUCCGUUGGCUGCAGGGCUUAGAAUUUUAUUUUUGGUUCAUAACGGAGGAGGGCAGGGACAGAAGCCACCGUCUCUGCUCCCCAGCGCUGGCCCUCACUCGGAAAGCAGGCUCUCCCCUCGCAUCGUCUUUUAACAAAUUCCUGCUCUCUCGGCCCCCGUCGCUGCCAUCUGGGCUCUCCUUUCCGUGCUUCAUUAGGCGCUGCCGCGGCAGGGGCUGAGGGCCUCAGGGGACGGUCGCCUCCCUACCGGGACGCCCCGGCCCCGGCCCGCACUGUGGGGCGCCGUCACCCAGCCGUCGCCGCGUAGCCAGGAGCCCGGCUGAGCGCGUUCGCUGCAGGAGCCAUCCUCAGCUGGGCCCUACUUAACUUCCCGCAACUCCAGUCCCCGCAGCCAGUCGGGGACCCCGCCUCCCUCUCCUUCUAUCUCCCUCUCACUUCUUCACCCCUUCUCUCCCCUCCUUCCUCCUCCCCCGCCUCCGCCUCCGCCUUCGGCCACAGCAUCCGACGUGGCGCGGCCGGCUGCGCAUGCACGGUAUGCUUGGCUCGCGGCCCGGCAGGGCGGGCGGGCCGCGGUGACGUCAGUGCGCAUGCCGUCGGUGGGCUCGGCUGCGCCACGUCGGCGCGCGGCGGCCGCGCCCCCUUAACGGCAGUGGCACUCACUCGGCUCGCGCGGCCCCGGCGCCCCACGCGCGCGCGUCGCUCUCCCGCCCGCUCGCUCCCCGGCGCUCACACCUGAGCUCACUCGCGCACGCCCGCCCGGCCCGAGAACCGCGCCGCCGCCUCGGCCCCGUGGAAGCCCCGCCGCGCCAUGUCUUCGCCUCCCGAAGGGAAACUAGAGACUAAAGCUGGACACCCGCCCGCCGUGAAAGCUGGUGGAAUGCGAAUUGUGCAGAAACACCCACAUACUGGAGACACCAAAGAAGAGAAAGACAAGGAUGACCAGGAAUGGGAAAGCCCCAGUCCACCUAAACCCACUGUGUUCAUCUCUGGGGUCAUCGCCCGGGGUGACAAAGAUUUCCCCCCGGCGGCUGCGCAGGUGGCUCACCAGAAGCCCCAUGCCUCCAUGGACAAGCAUCCUUCCCCAAGAACCCAGCACAUCCAGCAGCCACGCAAGUGAGCCUGGAGCCCACCAGCCUGCCCCGCGGCCCCGGCUCUGCUGCACUUGGUAUUUCCCCGACAGAGAGAACCAGCAGUUUCUCCCAAAUCCUACUCUGCUGGGAAAUCUAAGGCAAAAUCAAGUGCUCUGUCCUUUGCCUUACAUUUCCAUGUUUAAAACUAGAAACAGCUCCAGCGCAAACCUUGUUCAUGGGGAGUCCGGUUGGAUAUCAUUUGAGGAUCAUUGUGCCCCUAGAGGUGCCAUUCGCAGAAUUUGCCAAGAUCCGAGAAAAACUUUAGCUUUAGUUCUAUUUCAGCAGUCACCUGACGUCCUUGUCUAUGGUCUUAAAAACAAGAAGGCACACAUUUGAGAAGAUGAGAUUAAGGUUAAGAGAAAACCUCAGUCAUUGCAUGCUUUUUAAUAUGGGUCAAUAAAAUCUUAACACCUGUGGGAGAGUAAGAACUAAGGGAAUGAGUUUGGGCGGCCCCUCAGAAAGGACCUUAGAGGCAGGGAACAGCAAUGCCAAAUUUCCCUCUCUCGUGAGAUGGGGGAUCCUGUGCAGGCUGAUGAGGCACCCAUGAGAAAAGCCAAAAAAGCAUGCAUCUUAGAAAUAGCCCCUCAAUUCCAGGAGUCAACAUGCCAAAGAAUGAGGCUGGAUACAGGUAGCUCCGAGGGAGGACUUCUGGCAUGAGAUCUCGGCACGGCAAGCCCAGCAUCGCCUCAGCCCAGACAGGCUUCACCAGGAGAUCAAGCAAGGGCUGCCUUUCAGGAGUCACCUCCUGAGCCACUUCAGAGUUCUGGAAGUGACCACGGACCAGGGUGGAGGAAUAGACUUCUAGUUCAUUCUGGGACACUUGAGCCAGAGAGUUGAAAGCUUGGAAAGACAAGAUAAGAAACCUGCCCUUUGUCUCCCUAGGGACAUGAGAUACCACAUUCCAUUUGUGCUAGAAAAACCUAUCCGCUGAUGAGUCUAACUGUUCCAAACGCCUCCCAUCCGGUGUGCACAGCUGCCUGGGUCCAUUGUCACUUGGGUGCAUCAGGUUGUCCUCCGAUUUUUAGAUGCAUUUCCUGUCUAGAGAUGUCCUAGUCUGCUCACUGGCUGGUGGCAGUAGGGUACCCUGCAUCUUUGAAAAGCCAGAGGGUUCACCUAGUCAGACAAAACUCCAGAACAGUGCUUGUGGAGGGCCUGACUGUCCUGCUCACGUGCAGCCGACCUGCUGCAGGUCAGCAACUGUGCCAUAAACAGCUGCCAACCACCAGCCUUUCUGGUGCUGUUCUCCAGUUCACGUCUGCCAGCUGGUGAGGGCAGAGGCAGACCUGGUCAGACCCAGCGCCCGUCCGUCCUGAGGGAGCAAGGCACAGCCUCACACUUGAAAGACGGUGUUUGGUUUCCCAUCUAAUCAACUUAAGGGAAGCCGGCAUGUACCCUUCAAGGCCCUGUCUCCACCUAUUUCCUGAUCAGUUGGUAUAAACUGAGGGUGGCUUUUAGAGACCCAGACUUGGUCGGCAGCGCUGCCAUGGAACACCCCAGCAAGCACCUCCCAGCCUGCCUUUCGGAGCAGCACCCAGGAGGGGAUGCCACGCUCCAGCAACACCAGCUCAGGCCUGUGCAGACGCCUGCCCUGCCGCUGCAGAAAUCCAGAAGCAUCCUUAAUGCUUCUCAGUCUUCAGCCGGAGGGAGGGCUGUUAUUUCCAGAGGUGUGCAUUUUAUGUACUUUUAGCUAGAUGUGGCAUGCAUCUGUGAGCUUUAGAUCAUUAAAUCCAAAAUGUUUGCCUAAAUGAGUUUAUCAGUUGUUAACUUCAAGAAUAUUAAUGAUUUAUAAUAAAGCUCCUGCAUUUCUCUCCA